AAAGAACUAAAACAGGAGUGGGAGGAGAGGGAACUCAGGGACGAGAUGCAGCGCAAAGAUGACGUUAUUUCCUUUUUAUCCCAACCCGUCAUUAACGAUUUCACGUUCGGAUACCUCAUAAACCCCAACCACACGUGUGACAUCGGCAAAACGCAGCUCCUGUUUGUGAUCCCGUCCGCUCCGGAAAAUUUCGAAAACCGGGCGAUGGUCAGAAAAGGUGGCAAGGCCAGAUACGUCAAAGUGAAGGGCAACAAUGCCAAAAUGCUGUUCUUUCUGGGGAUGCCAGCCGCGAGCAGCAAUGAUUCGGAGAAAACGCAAACUCGCGUCCUUGAGGAGUCGGCGACACACGGGGACAUCGUCCAGCUGGAUUUCGAAGACGUGUACAGGAACAUCCUCCUGAAGGCGAUCUCCAUGCUUAGGUGGGCCAGCACGUUCUGCCGCCGGACGACCUACGUCAUUCGGACGGACGACGACGUGUGGAUCCGCGUGGCCAAGGUGCGUUCGGUUUUGGAGAGUACAAGCCGGAAGCACAAGGACUUCAUCCUCGGCGACAGAAAAGACGGGUGGGCACCGCACCGCGUUCGUGAAAGCAAAUAUUACGUAUCCGAGGCGGAUUAUCCACAAAGCACUUUUCCGCCCUUUGCCGUCGGGGGACUUCUGGGCUACCCGAUCAGCACGGUGUCGCUCCUGUACCAGGCUGCCGUCAGGCUAGAGCCGCUGUGGCUGGACGAUGUUUUCAUAACUGGGCUCUGUGCGCCGAAGGUCAACGUGCCUCUGGUCAGUGACCCGGAUUUUAAAUUCUGGCACAGAAUGUGGUGA